AUGGAAGAGAGAAAAUCAAAUUUAUUGUUCUUAAACCAGUCGUUUCCAACAAUCGACAAAAGUAUCAUCAAGCUCACCUUUCAGAAGUACUCGUAUGAUGUCCUUCGAACUGUGAACGAGUUAAUGUACAUCAAAGACCGACAACCACCAAAGGUGUCCACUAAGAAAAAUGUGCUUGACAGUUUCAACGAAACAAUUAGUAAAGUGGGGAAAAGCAUAGACAACUUUUUGGAUGAGAUCAGUUCAAAUUUAAAGAAGUCGCCAUCUCCACAAAGUGCAAAAAGUGAGCCAACAAACUUAGAGAAGAAGGAUGAGUCGAUCAACUCAACCCAACAGAACAAAACGGUUUCUCAAAUCAGAGAAAACGAAAUCCAACUCAAAAAGGAAAUGAAUUCGGAGAAGGAACAGACACAACAACCCACAGAAAAUAAACAAGACGACGUUCUGGUACUUCAUAAAGAGUUGGCACCACUAGUACUGCCUCCUCAGCAACUUCCCUUAGAAAAACAACUUGAAAAGACUGACGAAAUUCAACCAGAUAAAAUCCCCGUUCCUGUGGAAGUCCCCAGUAAAAAAUCAAAGGAUUUGAUCCACGUCAUUGAAGACUACACAAGUGACAACUCCGCAUUUUCCAAUUUACAAAUAGUAAGGGGGUCUGUAGAUGAAGAAAGAAUAGAGCCUUCAUUAGACUGUCGAGUGAUUAAUAAUAGUGUGGAGGUGUGUUAUUACAUUCCAGAAGGUAUGCUCACGUCUGGGAGUUGGGUUGGUCUUUUUGAUGCCCACGAGACGACCACCACGGCCUUCAUAAAGAAGUCCGAGUGCAAGACCAAUGUUGGUUCCAUUCACUUUGAAUCCGUUGUUCGUGGGAAAUACACAGUGAAACUCUUUUUGAAAAGGGAAAAUGGGUUCUUCAUGAAAGAGGCAUUAGUUUUUGUUGGCAAACCAAUCGAAGCACUUCUCACCGUAUCUGUUUCGUUGGGUAAGAAAUGCGUUUUAGUUGAGGUUCCCGACAAAGAGCAGUUCUGGGCAGGUAUCUAUCCAACAUCGAAAAGUAUUCCUAACAGUAGCCCCGUAGUGAAUGGGUGGUCUUCCAACAACUCAUCUGUUCAACUUGACAUUUCACAUUUACUAGUAGGGCGUUAUGAGUGCCGUAUAUUUGGGGAGGGUGCUGUUGAAGGUGUCAUAUUUCGUUCCUAUCACUCGUGCUGUGAUGUUGUCUUUACCAUAUAA